GGACAGGAGAGGACUUGCUCUGCCUAUAAACCACCUACCUACGUCAUAUAACAACUGCUAACUACUUCCUUGAGCUUGAGCUUGAGCUUCCGUCUUCUCUACCUCUCCGCCUCUCUCUCUCUCUCUCUCUCUCUCUCUCUACAAAAAAUGGAGAAUGAUAGCAGUUAUGGUGACUCAUGGGACUCAUGGGUAGACGAGGCACUUGCAAAGCUUCAUUCUUUAAAACUACUUCGAUCUUUAAGACCCAUUAAUCUUUCCCCUCAACCUCACAAAAACUGUGAAGAUGAUUAUCAGGUGUUCGACGAAAUGCAGCCUUGGGAUCGAUCCUCGGUUGAAAUCUCCAUUUCAGAGCGCACCUUUCACAAGUGGCUCCUUGACAUUCCCAGUUCAGGAGACGAGGAUACAUGGAGCAAUGGAGUCGCUGACAAUAAAGAAGCUAAUGGACGGUUCAAGAAGCUACUUUUGUUCUCUGGAAAUGAUUACUUGGGCUUGAGUUCUCAUCCCACUAUUGCCAGGGCAGUUGCAAAGGCAGCACAAGAGCAUGGAAUGGGGCCUAGAGGUUCUGCUUUAAUCUGUGGAUAUACAAAUUACCACAGGUUACUUGAGUCUUCCUUGGCGGACUUAAAGAAGAAAGAGGAUUGUCUUCUUUGUCCUACAGGGUUCGCUGCCAAUAUGGCAGUGAUGGUAGCUCUUGGAAACAUUGUCUCUCUUUUAGCUGCAGCUGAAAAACCUAUGAAGGAGGAUAGGAUUGCUCUCUUUUCUGAUGCACUGAACCAUGCUUCGAUAAUUGAUGGUAUUCGUCUUGCUGAACGACAACAUACUGUUGAUGUGUAUGUUUAUAGGCAUUGUGAUAUGUCCCACCUUAGUUCAUUGUUAUCAAGUUGUGAGUUGAAGAAGAAAGUCGUUGUGACUGAUAGCUUAUUUAGCAUGGACGGAGACUUUGCACCAAUGAUUGAGCUUGUGAAUUUACGCGAGAGGCAUGGGUUUUUGUUAGUCAUCGAUGAUGCUCAUGGAACUUUUGUCUGUGGGAAACAUGGUGGGGGAGUGGCUGAGGAGUUCAAUUGUGAUAGGCAAGUUGACAUAUGCAUUGGAACUCUGAGUAAGGCUGCUGGUUGCCAUGGUGGAUUUAUAGCAUGCAGCAAAAAGUGGAAGCAACUCAUACAAUCAAGAGGCCGCUCAUUCAUAUUUUCAACUUCUUCACCAGUCCCUAUUGUUGCUGCUGCCCACGCUGCUGUUAUUGUUGGGAAAAAGGAAGGAUGGCGUAGAAAGGCAAUUUGGAACAGGGUGCAAGAGUUUCGGGCUCUUACUGGAAUUCCCAUCACGAGUCCCAUAAUUUCGCUUAUUGUAGGGAGUGAAGAGAAAGCCCUCAAAGCCAGCCGGCACUUGCUGAAAUCUGGUUUUCACGUGACUGCAAUCAGGCCCCCGACCGUGCCUCCCAACUCAUGCAGGUUACGAGUGACUUUGUGCGCAACACAUACAACAGAUGAUUUGAAGAAACUGACAGCAGCACUAUCCUGUUGCAUCAACUUUCAAGACAUUAGUCUCUGUAACUCGAGAGGAACUGCUAGGCUCUAGAAAUUAUCCUAGACCAUUGUUUCUGACCAAGGAUGAUGAAGCAAGAAGCAUUGUAGCAAAGCAAAUGAGAUGCUGACUUACACCUUUGGCAUGCAUUGAGGAUUAGGUAUUGUUAAUAAGAUUUACUGAUUUUAGUCAUCUCUGUUUAUUUCUUCUGCGAGUCGGUGUAAGCAUACGAUAAUCUAACAGUGGCUUUUCUAGUUUCUACUAUUCUUCAUGUACAAUAAUAGUGUACCAGUGAUCACUGGGCAGCACAUUUGCCAUGCCGAUUAAAGACAGCCAUUAUACUCCAA